AUGGCUUCUCGAUCGGUCAAAGUUGCAGUCAUCGGAGCUGGAGUCUCCGGCCUCAUCGCCGCCAAGGAGCUUCAUCAGCAAGGCCACAACGUCGUAGUCUACGAGAAAAACAACCGUGUCGGAGGAACCUGGGUUUACGACCCUAAGACAGAUUCCGAUCCUCUCAGCAUCCACCCGACCCGAGAAAUCGUUCACAGCAGCGUGUACCUCUCGCUACGCACCAAUCUUCCAAGGCCGGUGAUGGGAUUCUUAGACUAUCCUUUCAAGAAGAGAGAGUCGGGUGAUCCUAGAACUUUCCCGGGUCACGAGGAAGUGCUCCGUUUUCUGGAGGAUUUUGCGGAGGAGUUUGGGAUUUAUGGGUUGACCCGAUUUGAAACGGAGGUAGUGAAAGUUGAGAGGAAAGGGAAAGAAAACGAGUGGGUGGUUGAGUCGAGGAUGACUCGGGAAAGUGACUCGGUGAGUCGAGAAGUGUUUGAAGCGGUUGUUGUUUGUUCGGGUCAUUUUGUUGAACCGAAACUUGGUGUGGUUCCUGGAAUUGAAAAUUGGCGGAGGUUUCAAAUGCAUUCUCAUAAUUAUAGAGUGCCGCAUUCUUUUAAAGAUCAGGUUGUGAUUUUAAUCGGACUGGGACCUAGUUCAAUUGACAUCUCAAGAGAUAUUGCAGAUGCAGCAAAGGAAGUUCAUGUUGCAACAAGACCGAAUCCCAAAUUCAAGGAUAUCAAGUUGGAAAAUAUUCGCAAUAUAUCUUACCAUACUUUGAUUGAAUGUGUACAUGAAGAUGGCUUGGUAACCUUCGAAGAUGGAUUCUCUAUUUAUGCAGAUGCCAUAAUUCACUGCACAGGGUACAAAUACCACAUUCCUUUCCUAGAAACCAAUGGAAUAGUAACCAUUGAAGAUAAUCGCGUCGGGCCACUAUACAAACACAUUUUUCCUCCUUCACUGGCUCCAUGGCUCUCUUUCAUUGGCUUAACAUUUAGAGAAACAAUUUUCAAUGUAAUUGAGUUACAAGCCAAGUGGGUUGCAAGAGUUUUAUCCGGUAAGAUUCUUUUGCCUACAGAGAAAGAGAUGAUGGAAUCUGUUAAAGAAAUUUAUCAGUUCAUGGAGGAAAAUGGAUUGCCCAAACAUUACACUCAUUCGCUUCGUCCUUUUCAGGCUGACUACAAAGAAUGGUUAGUGGAACAGAUUGGGUUGCCUCCGUUGGAAGAUUGGAGGGACAAUAUGUUGAUGGAAUGUUUUAAGAAUUUUGUCGAAAUGAAGGAAAUGUAUAGAGAUGAAUGGGAUGAUAGUUAUUGGGAUUCCAUCAUUCAGAGUGGAUCUGCUUUCGAAAAGGCCAAGAUAUCGAAUGUUUAG